UGGGACAGUGUGCAAAUGGAUAAAAACAAAAAUGUUAAAAAACUCGCGAUUAUUUAAGAUUAUUAAUAAUAAUGUACCUUUAAGAUGGACGCGACUGCACAAUUCGGCUACCGAUGACACACUGAGCUUCCGCCAAAAGGCAUGGCUAACGGCCAGGGAACGUUACAAAAAACACGAGCACGUUUAUUACAGCUCUGUCUUGGAGACCAAAUGGAAGUCAUCUAACCCGCCUGCUGCAAUCAACUCACAGUUUCCCCACGAUUGGAUGGACGACUACGAGUUCUACGAGGGAUCCAAGACUUCAGAUUCCAAGCACGGCACCCCAGACGCCUCAAUACCCCCCUCAACAGUUCCGUGCAGCGGGUGUGGAGCACUUUUGCACUGCUCUAAUAUCUCCAUGCCCGGCUACAUACCCAGCGAGAUAUUCAAUGGUCGGUCGCAGCAGGAGUUGAGAACCAUCACCUGCCAAAGAUGCCAUUUCCUGAAUCAUUACAACAUUGCCUUGGAUGUAGAUGUACCACCGUCCUCCUAUGUGGAUACAAUUUCGCGCAUACAAGACCAGUUUGCCCUGGCAGUCGUACUGGUGGACCUUCUGGACUUUCCCAGCUCUAUUUGGCCCGGCAUGCAGCACGUUCUCGGGACGAAGCGCCCUGUCUUCCUGGUAGGAAAUAAGGUGGAUCUCCUGCCACGCGACUGCAACAGCUACCUGACUCAUGUGAAGCAUUGCUUGCAGCAUGAGUUCGUCCAGCACGGUGGCGGCGACGGGCUCAACAUAAAAAAUGUCAGUCUAAUAUCGGCCAAGACAGGCUACGGCAUUGAGGAGCUGAUCACUCAGCUGCACAAGACCUGGGCGUACAAGGGAAAUGUGUAUCUGCUGGGAUGCACGAAUGUGGGCAAGAGUUCGCUUUUUAACAUCUUGCUCAACUCGGACUACUGCCGCCCGGAGGCCAGUGAGCUUGUGCGCAAGGCCACGACCUGCCCCUGGCCAGGAACAACCCUACAACUGCUGAGAUUCCCCAUCUUCCGACCAUCUAACAGCCGAGUCUAUCAGCGCUUCAAACGCUUAUUCUCAGAACGUGGCGAAAGGGCCGCCCUGGAUAAACUGCGUCGGGAUCAGGCCCAAAAAACCGGAGCUGUUGCAGCCGCUCAGCCAUUUUCUCAAGUGGGACGCAGCUUCGAUCGCCUUGAGGUGGUCAAUGACUCGUUCUCGAUGGCAGCUGGCACCCAGCCCAUAACCACCUUAAACGAGCGUGGGGCAGAGUAUCGGGACGCUCGCUGGGUGUACGACACACCAGGAGUGAUGCAUCCCGAUCAAUUGACUCAUCUUCUAACAGCCGAGGAGCUCGCACAGUUGCAGCCAACAUCAAUGAUUCGCCCCAGAGCUUUUCGCCUGCGACCCGAGAUGAGUUUGCUGCUUGGAGGCUUGGCCCGCAUAGAUAUAUUGGAUCUCUCCGGGUAUGAAAAGCAAUACGAUUGGCUUAAGGUUUUUGUUUUCGCCUCACAGAACCUUCCUGUGAUGAUAGCAGACACCCUAAAAGCAGAAGCAGUAUAUAAGCGCUAUCUGGGAACUCCCUUUCUUGGUAUUCCGUCGGCUAGCGGGGAUUUAGAGGUUCGAUUGAAACGCUGGCCAGGCCUUCAAUGCAAAGAUCAAGAUAUUGUUGUUAGCAACAACAAUAGCAACAGCGGCGGAAAUGAGGCCAGGCUGAAUUGUGAUAUUACACUUAGCUCCGCAGGAUGGUUGGGCCUACUCUUGCCCGAUAACAGCGAGUGCAGUCUUCGGGUGUGGACGCCACACUCAGCGGGCAUAUAUGUGCGUAGACCGGCUUUAAUACCCCUUGCCGAUCGCCUGGUGGGUAAGCAUAUUAGAAACUCGUUAGCCUACAAUACCACAAAGCCAUUUGUAUUUAAAAAAUAAAACUACAGUCCAGAAAAU